AUGCACAUCUACCGCCGCAAAGCCCGCAAUCUUGCCUGGUACGACGAAGAAGGCGAACCCUCCUCCCAUAACCCCUUCAAGAAAUUCCGCCGUCGCCCCCGCCACUCCCAAUCCAUCCCGCUCGAAGACGGCCCCGGCGCCUCACGAAGCAUGGGCGACCUCCGCCUCUCCGAAGACCACCGCCGGCGCGCAGAAAUGACCAACGGUAUCGGCGGCCCCGAUCCGUAUCGCGGCGAUCCCGAGCCGUCGAUGCGCAGCCAGGAUCCGAUCAAUGUGAGUUCGGCGCGGGGGCUGGAGCCUGAUGUCGAGGCGGGGAAGCCGCGAUCGCGGUUCUUGAAAUUUAAGCGGUCUAGUCAUGAGAAGGAGCCGGAGGAGUUCAAAGAAGAGGAUGACGCGCCGAAGUUCACGGUUGCGUCGCAGAUUCGGGCGACCGUGUUCAAUUCUUGGAUUAAUGUGCUUAUUUUUGCGGCGCCUGCUGGGAUUGCGCUUUAUUGCGUCAAGGCGAAUCCCAUUGCCAUCUUCGUCGUGAACUUUAUUGCCAUCAUUCCCCUCGCAGCCAUGCUGAGCUACGCAACCGAGGAAAUCGCCCUGCGAACCGGCGAGACAAUCGGUGGUCUACUGAAUGCCACAUUCGGUAACGCGGUCGAACUAAUCGUCGCCAUCAUCGCCCUGGUCAAGAAAGAAGUCGUCAUCGUCCAAACCUCACUGAUCGGCAGCAUGCUCUCCAACCUGCUACUGGUCAUGGGCAUGUGUUUCUUCUUCGGCGGCGUCAACCGUCUCGAGCAGCACUUUAACGUCGUCGUCGCGCAGACGGCCGCCAGUCUUCUCGCCCUGGCCGUCAGCAGUCUAAUCAUUCCGACCGCAUUCCAUCAGUGGUCUGAUGGCAACAAAGACAAAACUGCCGCUCUCUCCCGCGGCACUUCUGUCCUCCUGCUAAUCAUCUACGGCUGCUACCUCUUCUUCCAACUAAAAUCCCAUACAGAAAUGUACAACGAGCCGAGCAAGAAAGUCGAAAAACGCCGACGCCGCAUCAGCGAAGGCGACCUGAGCCGCGGACUCGCGAAAAUAGGCAACGCAGCCGCAAAACAAAUCGGCGGUGAAAACGCGCAGCAAAUCGACAUGCAAGACCCCGAGGACGAGCCCGAGCAGCCUCAGCUAACCAUCACCGUGGCUUUACUGACCCUGGCGGCCUCAACGGCGCUUGUCGCCGUCUGCGCGGAGUUCAUGGUUGAUUCCAUUGAUGGAUUGACGGCUACGGGCAAUAUCUCUGAUACCUUCGUUGGAUUGAUUUUGUUGCCUAUUGUUGGUAAUGCGGCGGAGCAUGCUACUGCUGUUACAGUUGCUUGUAAGGAUAAGAUGGAUCUUGCGAUUGGGGUUGCUGUUGGCUCGAGUAUGCAGAUUGCACUGCUCGUUUUGCCGUUGAUUGUUGUUUUGGGGUGGAUUAUUGGUGUUGAUAACAUGACCCUGGGUUUCGACGGAUUCCAAGUAAUCCUCCUUUUCGUCUCUGUCUUGCUGGUAAACUACCUCAUCGCCGACGGCAAGUCGCAUUGGCUGGAGGGUGUCCUGCUUAUGAUGAUGUACCUGAUCAUCGCCCUUGCCGCAUGGUUCUUCUAA